CAGAAACAAGUCAGAUGUCUGUGUUGAGGCAGAGUGCCACCCCCUGCAGCACCCAGAGGCUGGGGUGCUCCUUUGUGUGCAGGUUGGCGUCGAACACCCAGCCCACACCCAUGGCGUUGCGGCGGUCCUGCGUGACGUACACGGGGGUGGUCAACGAGUCACGCAGCUUCAAACGAUUUGCCUCGAUCGGCACAAUCUGCAUUCCACACAUGACGGAGGCAAUGUGUGCGUGUCUAAUCUCAGGGGUGGUCCCCUACCUGUAUGAGUGGCAUCUCCUGGACGAGCUCCUUGGGGUUUUGUCGGGUGAGACACCCCUUCUCCAUAUCCCAGCGGGCACCCUUAACACACACACACACACAUGGCUCUCUCUUUUUCGUUUGCCCUGCCUAGCCUUGCCCAUCUCACCUCUAGGUAGAGCCCCUCGAUGUAUGUGCCGUGCUCCAGCCGCUUGGUGACCUGGCUGCGGUCCGUGAACUUGGUCACGACGGUGUAGAGGGUGGAUUUGUCGAGGGCCCACCCCUUCUUGCGGCACGUGGCCUGCACCAGGGCCGUCAGCAGCGAGUCGGGGAUGUGGAAACCCGACAUCCAAAACACGCUCGGCUCGCCCUGAGUCGCCCAAUCGACGUACUGCUUGUACCGACGCGUGAAGUGCUCCAUCCAUGACCCCAGCGGCUUGAGCGUCGCCGGCGCCAGACGGGCCCACGCAGGGGGCAGGAAGCCGUUGAAGAGUGAGUUGCCCAUUUCGUCAAGCUCGGCUGAUAUGCCGAUCUCUCCCUUGAGGGCCCGCUUCAGGUCGGCCAGCAUGAGCCCCAUGCGACUGACCAGAGCAUUGAAGCGCUCGAUCUCCUACAGAGAGAGACCCCUUACAAUCAAGACUCUCUCUCUGUCUCCUUGUCUGUGCGAGCACGGAUAGAUCGGCCGACUUACCUGCAUGAGGACCACUUCUGACGGCGUCGGGACGUCGUCCUUGACGAAUUUGAGCUCCUCCUUGGGCAGUUUGUCCUCAAUGUCGGUCGCCACCUUCUUGAUGUACUCGUCGCGGUUGACCCCGCCCGACACGGCACCCUCCGACGUCUGCAUAGUGAUGAGCCCGUGCCACAGCCGCUUGGCGCUGUCGGUGAAGUAACCGAUCUCCGCGUUGGGAUGCAACCCGAACACCUCUGGCGAAUUGAUCAGAGGCAGCUCCUGCACAUUACAGGGAUGGAGGCAUUGUCCGUGUCUCUGUGUAGGAGGUGGGUGGAUGUCUCAGCUACCUUGAUGUAGUUUUGGUAGACGUCGAGCGGUCCUGGGUUGGGGACCUGGUAGUCGAAUCCUGAUUGGCUAAAGAAAAAGGGCUGGUCCUCGUCGAACAGGAAAUCGCCCAUGUACUCGCUCAAAUACGUGACCAGCACACGACGGUCGAAGUCGUCAGUCACACGACCACCGUACAUGGCCUCGCCAAUCAGAUACCUACACACAAACAGACACGUGGGUGUCUCUCCGGCUCCCGUGUGGUGGAUGUACUUGAGUGAGCUCCAUGGGACGGGGUCGUCGUUGUCGAAUGCCUUGCCGAGGUACAUGCUGAGCAGCCGUAUCGAUAUCCUGAAGUCGCUCUCGUUGAAGUCGUAGCUCACGUUCCACCCGAUCUUGCCGUACUUUCGCCGCUCCUGCACCACAGCGUGGAAGAAUGCCACCACCCACACCAGCGACCGAUACGCCGGGUGUGGGCACUCGUCCAGAUCCUCGUCAGACAGCUUAGUGUAGGAGCCCUUGACGUUCAGCUUGAGGCCGUCCGGCGGCUCCGUGACCACCUUCAGCGAGCGCUGAAGAAUGCCCAGUGGGAAGGCGUCGGUCGGGAGGGUCGUGAGCCAUAGUCUGAAGUCCUUGUGCGGCUUGUGCAUGCCCUCGAGUAUCUUCUCGAGGGUCUUGAGCCAUGAGGCCAGCAGGUGGCAGUUCUGCAACAUGACCCAGUGGCCUCUCUGGUAGCCCGUCUCGAUGUAGUUGGCCGCCUGUUGACCCAUCCCCUGACCAAGCGCCAGGAACUUGAACUUGGUGCCCGAGAAGCCAAGGUGUUCGCCGAGCUUCUGCACGUCGCUCUGGGGGUCGGCGCCCGGAGACAGGAUGAACACGACCGGGCUAUUCUCUGAUGACUGCGCGAAGAUCUUGUCGUACCUGCCGUCAUGGAUGAGACACAUCAGCGUGUAUGCCUGUGCAUGCGUGCAAUGCCUCACUGAAGGCUGGGUGGCUGGACGUAGUAGUCCUGCAGCCGCCAAAUGACAAAGUUCUUGAUCGCGUUGUAGACCCUGUCCGUUCUGAAGCAGCGGAUGACGAGCAUCUUCUGGAACAUAGACAGGCUCUCCGAGUAGCCCAUGGGGAUUGGCUCGUCCUCGGGACGCUCCAAAUCGUACCAAUCCUUCCACACCUGAGUAUAUCAUGCACCCUUCACACAUGCACCGUGCCAACAUACACGCACGGUUCUCUCUUCUGACCUGCACACUUUCCUGGAUAUCUUUGAGGAGCGUCUCGAACGGGGCCUUUAGCUUGGUGAGUAGCUGCAGGUCCUUCCAGCCUCCGUCUGGGAACCACUCGAGCCCCGGCGAUUUGGGCUGGACCUGCUCGAGUGAUGUAUUGCCUUUGGUGAAGAAGUCGAGCUCGUCGCGCUGGAGCUCGGCCUCCCCGUCCAUGAUCAUGGUGGUCAUCUGGAAACUGAACAUCAACUUGUGGUUCUCGAAAAUACCCAUGCACACGAAGUCAUAGACAUUCUGUGUCAGCUUCUCGGUCACGUUCUUCAGCCUACAACACAGCAGCAGCAGACAGACGCACCGAUUUGCUGCUCGUCCGUGGAUGCUUGCCUGUUGUCGACAAUGCGAUCGGGUCUGGCCUCUCUGAGUGACCGCUCGAAGACUCCCAGGUAGGCGUUGAGGGAGUACUCGUACAUGAAAGAAAUGUUGGCAAGACCGACCAUGGAGAAAUACAAGAUCGACCCACGCUUGGCAACGCGCUGGUACACACUACGAAGCUGCACACAUGAACGAGACACAUGGGGAUUGGACAUGGGUGCGAUGUCUUUUGGUUGUGUGUGCAUACCUUGUCUAUCUCUACAGCGGUGACCUUUCCGUCCUCUAGAGACUUGGCGAUCUCUACUGCCUUCUCCUUGGUGUUCUGAAGCGUCGCGAUCAGCUCCUCGUUGUCCAAGAUGCUGCCCUUCGACUGAGCCAGCUCGCGAAGCAGAACGUCCUCCAGCUGCUUCAGCGUCUGCUUGUCCUCACUCAUCCGGUGAAUCAGCUCCUGCCUCUCCUUCUCGAGGUCGGGCCUCUCGAAGCCCACCACGACGUUGAGUAGCUGGUCCUGCAGUCCCUGCAUGGUCACGGUGUAGUUGAUGAUCGACACCUUGCCCAUGACCUCCGGCGAGUAGCUGGGGUUGGACAAUUUGGUGGUGAGGAAGAGCAGGAAGCUGUCCGACCACUCGAUCUGGUUGUCGCCGAGUGUAAUCAUGGUCUGUCCGCCCUCGACGGUGACGCUCUUCUCGAGAACAGGGUCGAUCAUGGGGUCGAGCUCGUUGUCGAUGCCUUCGAACAGGAACGGCUUGCCGUACUGGAUAGCCAGCUCAAGGUGCUUGGCGUAGUCGUCGUUGAAGGUCUUGACCACCAAACCAUUCUUCUCGUGGGCUGACUUGAUCCAGUGCACAGCCUGACACACACAGAUAAAGAGACAUACGUGACGGAUGCCUUCGCGUCCUUGUCUCUCUGUGCAUGGCUACCUGCAUCUGUGGGUCGAUGCACAGAGGAAACCUCGACGCCCUCGUGGUGAGGAUGCCGUUCUGCACCGAGAGCUCAUCUGACGGCAGCCCCUGGCCUGCCCACAGGGCCACCUCCACAUCCGACGUCAGCAGGUCUUCCAGCUUGAAGGGCGACGUCAUGGGGAUAUUGCGGUCAGUCACGUCACCCAACCAGUGGUCGACCACCUGCACGCAUCAAGCACCGCAGGGCCCAUUUGCGCGUCCAUGUCUGGGGAGUGUUCAGUUUGUGACCAUUCUGUGUCUGAAGUCGAACGAGAAUGGCCCCGUGUACGAGAGGAAGCCGGCGCCGACCAGACAGUCGCCCACGAGCUUCUUCUUGGUCUCUGCCUGCGACUGGAGGUCUGCAGUCCACCGCACCCGCUCGGACCCCAGCCCCUCGAUAAGGUGGCUGGCAGCAGUGAGGCGCCGCUCCAUGGUGGCCGCCUCGUCUUGCAGCUCCUUGAGCUUGGCGGACUGCUCCACCUGGUCGGCAGUGAGCUUCUCGAUCUGCUCGGUCAGCUGAACCAGCUCCUUCUGGAUGGCGGCGAGGUUGCGUUCAGCCGUCUCUUUUUUCUGCUGCAGCUCCCUGACGAGUUUGCGCUUGGGCUCCACUGUCCUGGCGACCUCGUGGUAGUGAACCAUAGCCUUGACCCAUGUGAGCAGCCCGUUGCCGGCGACGGAUAUCUUCUUCAUGGCUUGGCCCUCAAACGACUCGGGGUCCUUGGAGAAGUAAUCCUUAAUCUUCUUCACCUGCUUGUCUGGUGGACGACACGGACGUGGCAAUGAAGUGCGUGCGUGUCUGAGUAUGUACCUGUGAUGUCAUCCUUUGGAUAUUCGAGGAGACUCUUCAUGAAGUUGACAUCGGACAGCAUCGCCUUGGCCCCGUUCCACCCGUCUCCCUCUGACUUGGGUGUGACGAGCACCACCACACACAUGCACACGUACAUGACGGGCUUGGGCGGGGUCGUGAACGCCUUGAUCUCCGUAAUGUCCUUCUUGUCAAGAUUCUCUAGCGCCUGCGCGGCCAUCUCGAGGGCCGGGAUCGCCGCUGCCAACGCCACAUCGGCCUCGGCCUUCUCUUUCGUGAUGAUCUACACCAGAGACACAGAGGCAGGCAAAAGUCGCUACUUAUGUUGUUUCUCCGUCUUCUGUCCGUCACCUCAUUGUCCCUGGCGAUCUGUUCGGCCGCAGCAGUGGCCUCUUCUUGACGCUUGUUAGCCUUUUCGCUCUUCUCAUUGAUGUCAUGGAUGAGCGCCUCGACCUUCCUGGCGUUCUCGUCGACGAUCACCUUCUUCUCCGCCAGUUCCUUGCUCAUGAUCUCCACUGCCUCUGCGGCCUGGAUGAGCUUGGUGAGCCCGCCCUCCAGCCGCUGUGACAUGGCGUCCAGGUUCUUGCGAUUCUCGGCCAGCUUGCUGCGGUAGUUGUUGAUGAAGUCCAGGUAAUUCUUGGGCGUUGCGUAGUUCUUACGCCGGCGCUGCAUCUCAAACUCGGGACUGUACUUCUCUGUCACGCUGAGAUGGACCAUCACAAAGUGCUGUACAAUCUCGUCGCGACUCUCGUCGGGAAGCGACUCGUUCUGAAGCAGAGAGCAUAUGUACCCGGCCUGCAACGGGUGUCCGUGCGCCUACCUGUAGGAAAUGGCUCGCGACGGCGUGCAGGGCCUCAGAAGGCCACGGGAAGAACCAGUCGAUGGACGUGCAUGACACGAGACCGGGGAAGUUGCGGCAGCGAGUGCGAAGUGAGCUGCCGGCAGGAGACAUCGCCAGCACUAGGUGCAGGUUCUCUCGGGCCUGCAGCGCACACACACGCACACACAACUAAUGUAUACGAUGCUGCAAUAUUUCAAGGAUGAAUCGGAAAACACAUUUGACCUUGGAGACACAGAAGUUCCACAUGCGGUCUCCCCUGAUGCCCUGCUCGGAAGCCUCCUUUCUGAUCUUGCCGAUGAGGCCCUCCUUCUCAUCCUCAGCGAACAAGGCCGGCACCAUGCCCACAGUGAGGAGGUUGUUGAGGUACUCGAGAAACCCCUCCUCGACCACAUGGGCGUCAGUGAAGAGGAAGGUGCGAGGGGCGGAGACCACCUCUGUGUACAGAGCCUUCAAGUCGUCGCGGAACUCCGUGUCACCGUAGCCGCGCGACAGCGUGAUCUCAGACAGAGUAUACCUGGAUGGGCAAAGAAGAGAAAGGAAAGCAAGGACCACGGUAUGUCAAACCCCCUGUGUGUACCCUGCGGCGAAUGUGGCGAGUUUUGUGAGGCUUUGUCGGCCCGAGCCGCCAGUGCCGACCAGCAGCGCGUUGCCCUGCGGCAUGCGGAUGAUGCGGUGGAUGCGGACCAGGUGGGAGAGGGCGUCCUCGAACAGCACGAGAUUCAUCGGCCUCUUCUCGGCAUUGUAGUUCUCCAGCAGCUCGUUGAAUAUCUUGCGCACCGUUCCGUAGUCACCCAUGUCCUGAUACAGCCGCACCUAUAUGUGUACAUCGACAGGAAGAGACACACAUACAAUACAAGAGUAUAAAAGGAGGACAAGAUGAUUGAGUGAUUGGUCCAUGCAUGCACCUCUUGCCACGGGCUGUCUGAUGACAGCAGGAUGUUGAGGGCAUCCUGGAAGUCACCCCAGAUGAGCGGAUCGGCCAGCGCCUCCUCCGCCUAAAGGCACGUACACGCAGUACACACACUCAUGCCAUCAGCACUGUCCGAUUGAGUGACUCACUUGACUGGGGAAGGUGUCUUUGAUGAUGUCUGGCAGGCGUCUUUUGCCGACAAAGUCCUUGUCGUCCUGCGUGAUCAGGCGGUCCUCAAAGACCCGCAGACACUCGUUGCGCCACAGCCGGAUGAGCGUAGUGCCGGCGUUGACCACCUGCGGAUCGGCCAGCCACACGCCCUGGUACACACGCGACAAGUCGCGCAAAUUGAAGACAUAGUGGAACUUGGAGGGAGUCCUGGGCAGCGCCUCGAUGAUGCUGUCCUGCAGCUGGAGGGUGGCCUGCGGGAGUUUGGAUGCCACCUCCUGCACCGCUUCGCUGAAUGACAUGAACUUGUGGUUGAGGAUGGUCUUGUAGAUACGGUCGAUGCUGCUCUGUGAGGGGAAGCUCAUGUGGAUGGCGGCGAACAGAGACACGACUCGGGGAUCGACGCGGUUGCGGCCAGCGCCUGGUGGAUUCAUGGCCGCGAGCCACUCGAUGUCCUUGAGAAUGAUCUUGUCCAGGUCACCACCUCUCUCGAACAUGUGCUGCCGCUCAAUCACAAACUUGAGCAGAGCCAGCGGCUGCUGUGUGCCGUAUGUGUCAAUCUGAAAACACAAAAACGAGCAGACUCCCUGUGACUGUCUAUGUGUGUGCAAAAGACCGACCUUUGGCAUCGACAAGUCGUCAACGAAGAUCCGGAGUGUCUUCCCUGACGGCGGGCCAAAUAUACGGCCCGUCCGCUUGUCGACGUUGUCCUGUAUGGUCUUCUGUAGGUCCAUGGAUGAGGUGCGGCUCGAGAGGUUGAUGUUGAGCUGCAGUGCGGUCUCAGGGUCGAGGCCGUCCAGCCAGUUCAUGACGGUGACCGACUUGGCUGUGCCAGACUCGCCGACGAAAAGAGUGGGCCGCUGCCUGGUCAUGAACUGCUCCAGCAGCCACGAGUACCGCACCGUGUCGACAGUGGGCACCAGGAUCUUGGUGAAUUGCACGUCGGGAGGUGGUUUGUACUCGGGCACCUUCUCCUCCCACGGCACCCAUCGCCCCUGGUUGAUGUCGUACAUGGUCUCAUACAGGCUCUGUUUCGGCAGCAGCCGAUUGGCGACUUUCUUGAGGAACUCGUCGAAUUUGGGCCGCUCGUUGUCGGCGAGACAUGCGCCGACCGACCAGACGAGGCAGAAGAUGAAUAUGUUCUCGACGUGCUCCAUGGAGAUGAUGUUCUCGUUGGGCACCAUGGCGUCGAAAAGGAUGCACAGCUGCGUGACCAUGUUUAGAUCGGUGCGCGGCAGCGACUGCACAAGGGGGUUGCCGAUAUCGUCACCAUCGCGGCCCUCGAGGACGUGAGCGGUGCACAGGGGCAGGUACUUCUCGUAGAGCUCCUCCAGCACUUCGUAGAGUUUGUCAUUAUUCUUGUCCCGACACCACUUGUCAUAGUACGGGCCAUAGCCGAGGUUCCGUGAGUCCACGUAGACCAUGCCGCAACGGGAGAUGGUGGCUGGCGACGCGUACUGGAGGUCGUACACCUCGAACAGCAUGGAGGCAUGCCUUUGCAGGCGGAUGCGCUCGCCGUUGGUGAGUGUGAGGAGUUUGUUGUCGUCCAUCACGGUGUUCAUAUUUUCGACCCAGACAGCGUCGACAUCGCCGUCGUAGACAAUGUAGCGUCGCUCCUUCUUGCCGGACGGGAGGGGCUGAUUGAUCUCGCGGAAGAUCUUAGACAGAAGACCGUCGGUCCAAUCGCGAGUGGCCGGAUCUGGAUACAUAUACAAAGACAGGGGGGAUGAUCGAUGGAUGUGCUUUCUGUGUUGUGGCAGAUGGCUCACCAAGCACGCCAUAGAGUUCAUUGACGGUUUGCGCCUUGGGGUUGAUGAUAAAGAGCUUGGUCGGCUCGUCGAAGGCGAUCUUCUGCGCGGCGGCCAGUGUCUCGAUGACGACUGUCUUCCCCCCGCCCGUGGGUCCGACGAUCAUGGUGGUGUGUCUGGUGAGCAUGGUCUCGUACAGCUGCAUGACCUUGUCCACCUGCAAGUCGAAUAAAUGCUCGUACUUGGACUUGAACCCCUUGCUGAUCAGAUCCUGAGGAACAAAUACAGACAUGGCAAAGACAAGCAGAGGGCAGCAUGUGGCGUGUCUUGAUUAAGUCUGAUUUACCUCCUCGAUGGCGGCCUUGAGUUUGGGGUACCCGACCCUUGGGCAGUCGAGGCCGGGGAAGAGGUCGUUGAGGAGGCCCUGGAACAGGGGCACGUCCUGCUUGACGAACUUGGGCAUGUUCAUGUCUCUUAGGGCCCGCAUCAACACCAGUUCCUCCUGCAAAUCGGGAGCGCCUCGCUUGAGGGAGCCAGCCAUAACCAGCACGGAUUUGAGGGCACGCAGCUUGAAGUCAUAGUGGUACUGCUUCGACAGCUGCGCUUGGGCGAGCGCAUACAGCACCGUCAUCUUCUUGGCCAAGAUGCGCGCAACAGAGAAACCUGAUCGGUAAUGAAUAUAUAGCAGGAACGUUGGCACGUGGAGGUGAAGGCUUACUGACCUUCCGACAUGAGCAUGAUCUCGCAAAUCAUCAUGAGAUCGGGGACAAUCAUGGUCACGGGGCGGAAGAGGGCCUUGAGGUUGUCGGGCAGCUCAGACCUGCCGGCGUAUCCGGGAUUCAUCGUGACGAAUAUGCCGACGGCGGGAAUGAGGUUGAGGUCCUUGCCGAGCAUCUCGAUCGUCCUCUUCUUGUACUGCAGGCCCAGCUGGAUGGUCUUGAUCUGCGCCGACACAACCGACAACACUUCGGGGUUGAUGCGAUUGAACUCGUCGAAGCACCCCCAGAAGCCCGUCUGCACGAGGCCCGAGAAUAUCGUCCCCAUGGCCCGGUAGUCGAGCCCCUCGCCGCAGUUCAUGACCACGCAGCGGAUGGCCAGCGACUUGCCGAGAUCCUUCACCGUCUCGGUCUUGCCCGUCCCUGCCGGACCAGCCGGGGCGCCGCCGAGGUAGAAAGUGAGGGCCGUCGUGAGAGUCAUGACGCAGCGGUCGGUGAGGGGCGUGAUCACCAGACGGCCAUUCAGACCCUGGUACUCGUAACCGUACCUGCACCAUAUUACCCACAUAUGCAUUGACGUGGAUGUCUCUCCUGUGACUGACCUGAACUGUCCCGUGCAUUGGCGGAUGACGAUGUCGUCGAGCUUGCGGUCCCAGUAGAAUCUCAGCUGGCUCUCCCACUCGAACUCUCGCGCGUCAAGGAUGGAGUCGCGCACGAACCGGUCCACAAUGUCUCGCGCGUGCACAUCCAGGAUGAUAAGGGUGUUAAUCUUUUUGCGCACGCGGCCAUCCAUGGGCUGGCGGACCAGCUCGACGAGAUCGUUGACCUGCUUGGUUUCCCGAGCAGCCUCCUCCUUCAUGGCGUGCUUGUUCCCCUCCGAGACUUUUCGGAAUGUGUCCUCGACGCCCCACGUCCACCAGAUCUGUGAGCCGCCCAGGGCCACCAUGCCCAGCCGCUCCUGCACCCAUUGCACGCUGAACAUGAGUACACACACAUGCACACACACACAUGCACAUGAGUUGUCGGGUGCUUAUGUGUAGUCAAUCACCGGUCCAUGGUGGCAUAGUGGAACACGCCCUCCUUCAUGAUGCGGAGGAGGGUGCUCUUCAUCUCGUCAUCGACGCGAUUCAUCCACUCCUCGACGGCCCCCUCUGCCUUCUGCGGCUGGUGGAACGAGUACGACUCGCCCUCGUCCGACACCAUCCCCAUGACCUGCUUGCCGCGUCCGAAGGUCAGCUCCUUGCAGUUGUCGUACAGCUUGAGCAUGUGCUGCUGCACCGCCUGGGGGUCGGACGAGCCGAGGAUCGACAGCAGCUCGUCGUCGGAUAUGAAAUAGAAGCUGAGACACACACGCGGGAGAGACAGGGGAGACACAGGGUUCGCCAUGUUCUCGUGCUGGGUAGGCGAACCGAGGGAAGGCAUUUCGUUUGGUAUCGAGGUAGUCGGAUAGGGAUUUUUGGCAUCGAUCCAGCUCGGUGGCAAGGCCCUUGAGCUCCUCCAGCCGUCCCUCAGAGCAGCAGGCUGUCAGCACAUUGGGGUUUUGGAAGGUGUGCGUCAUAAGGGCGCGGAAGAGCUUGUGGAUCUUGUCGAAUUUUUUGGCCUCCUCGGGGAGCUGCAGCCGGAUGUCGUCCGAGUCGAGGAAGAUGCUCUCGAGGUACAUCCACUUGCGCUGGACCUGCAUCCAAUGGUCGAACACCUCCCCGAUGGUCGACAGCGAUUUCUCCCACUUCUUGAUCCGCUCUAUGAGAGGCGCGGCGAAGCGCGAGGCCGUCAUGCUCUGCAGCUGCAGGAUGUGGUCCUCGAGCAGCGUCUUGAGCUCCUCGUUGGCCUUAAGGACGUACCCGCGGUCUUCCGACUUGUACUUGGAAAUCUCGAAGGUGAAGGAACGCCACGUGGACUCGAUCUUGCCAAUGUUCGUCUCGAGUUUGAGCUCCUCCUGUGCUUCCUGGACGAUCUCCUGCACUUCGUCGGGGAAGCGGUGCAGCUGCAUGUCGAAAACGGUGGCUAGGGUGAACUUCUUCAUGUCGAUGUCGGAGUCUAGUCCAGCCAACGCCAGCAGCCGCUUCCAGUGUUGCGGCCGGAUGGCGUCGUGCUUGAGCUUCUCGAUGAGCGGCACAGAGUUCUUGAAGGAUGUGAUGACCUCCUCUAACUUGCGGAACGUCUGCAAUGCGUGGCGGGAGACAUGCGAAACAGAUGUGUUCCUCUCUUUCGUACGAUACUGACCACGAGUUGUCCAAGCUCUGGGUGGUCCUUUGGGAGUUUGCGUAUUUUCUUGUCGAAUCCCUCGACUGCCUUUGAGAGGGCCUGUAUGUCCACCUUAGACCAGUUCUGGCUGCUCCAGUCGUUGACGGCCGUGCUGUGCUCCACGUAGAUGUCAUACACAAUUUUGAGCAGACGAAGCUCCUUCUCCAAAGCGAUCAGCUCGGGAUAGCUGUAGACAUCGACACGUUCCGUACAGUAUAAGACAUAUAUAUGGAUGAGGAGACACGAGACUCGUUCAUGUGCUGACCUGCUUAUGGGGAGCAUGAACAGCAUCUCAGCCUUGACGAGGUUCUCCCUGCGGUUCUGGAAUGUGUUGAGGUCGCUCUGAUACUUGCGCAGCAGCUCCACGCCGUCGUCGAGAGACACGUCAGCCGCGCCCGGACCAGACUCCUUGAAGGUCUUGCACAGAUGCCUGCACUCGAGGACGAAUUCCUCCACCUGCUGCUGCGUCACGUUGGCAAACUCCCGCUUGGUGCGGAUCAUGCGGCGGUCCUUGGUGAGGGCGGCGUCCUUGAGAUUCUUCCAGUCGCUGCGGAGGUUCUGUGCCGCCUCGAUCUGCUCCUGAUCGACCGUGCACUUGUAUAACUGCAGAGUGUGGUAGCGCUCCUCCACAUCGGCAAUCCUGAAUGGCCACAGACCAGUGAGCCAAUGUGUGGAUGCCAACGCUAACACACCUGAUUUCCAUGUCGAGAGACACGGCCUUGAUCUUUGUGAUCUCGUUCAGGAGGAACUUGAGCUGAUCCAAGGAGCUGGGGGGAGCCUCGAUGUUCUCCCUGCACACGUAUGAAUCCACACGUGAAUGCAUCAACAGCGAGACAUGUCGAUGGACCUGACUGCAUGAUGCUACCUGAAAGUUCUGAUUUCUGUGGUGAUCUUCUGGAGGUCUUUGUUUGCCAGCUGGUUGAGAAUGCGGCCGUAAUCGGCGACCCACUCGAGUGCUUGGUGACGGAUACCGGCUAUUACCGCACUCGAGUCGAUCCGAAUGAAGCCGAUGUCUUUCUCAGACGGCAACGCGUUGAGGUCCUCAGCGAGCUGAGACAACACACCACACGCAUGUUGUGAAUGAUGUCAUUCUCUCUGUCUGGUGCUCCAACUCACACCUUCUUGUAGACCCAGAUGUAGAUGUCGAAGUACACGACGUUGGGUUUCUUGUCCAUGAGUUUCUCGAGGUCGUGUCUCCUCUUGGGAUCCCACAGGCCCCACUGCGUCUCGUAUUUCUUCCACGACUUGAGGUAGCGAUUCAUGUUCUGGAACACCUUUUGGAUGGCGUGAUGGUUGGCUAUGGUCAUGUCAAUGAGCGCUGGGUUUUGGGAUAUGUCCUUAUAGAACGUGAACUGGUUCUGGCUGUCCUCCUCUUGACCCGGCUGGGGAGGCACCAACCUACACGCAGCACAAUGUAGCGUUUACAUCCGCUUGUGUGUGUGGCUUCCUUCUCGCGUGCUCACAUACUUGCAGGUGCCGUCCAUCCAUCUGACGAACUGCUGUGCGGACUGCAGGACGUUCUGCAGCAGCUUCGAGAUGAGCUUGAAGAUAGACUUGAGCUGCAGCACAACCUCGGGCGGGUUGAAGUCCGCCUUGAUCUUCAACAGAGGCGGGCGCUUGGGGCCUGACGGACUCGUGCUGAACAGACUCUGGAAAGAGCUCAUCGCUGCGAGUAUCACACAACAGGCAGAGACAUGGGCAGCGGUGUGUGGGCGAAUCAAUGCGUACCCCUGAUGAGCAUGGUCGUGAGUGCGUUGAGUAUCCUCCGCUCCCAGAAUUGGUAGUACUCAGCCAUCGAGGGCGCCAUGCCCGUCUUGCUGCCCGCCGUCGUCUCCUCUAUCUUGAUCAGGAACGGAGUGAUGCCGUCAUACUUCUUCCGCAACUCGUCGAUCAGCACCGCACGAUGCUUCUCGAAGUACUCAUAAAACUCCUAACAAGUAGAAAAGAGACAAGGUCGCUGAUAGCAUUGCAUUUUCAUUACACAUGCCCACCUACCUGCACGUCCAGCAGUUCUUUUCUGUUCCAGUCGAAGUCCUUGACGAGCUUAGCGCCAUCGAUGGCCUUGACAACUGCCUCAAUCAGAUCAGCGUUCUUCUCCACCUGGUCGCGCGUCUCCUUGAAAGCCGAGAUGCCCCUGCAAACACAGAUGAGAGUGCGCGUAUGUCACUCUUUGCCGUGUGGAUGUUGGUGUCCCUCCUAUUACACACUUGUUGCACUCGUCAAUGAACUCCCCGAUACCGAGAGAGUUCCAAUUCAGCGGAGACAAACCCGUCUGCAGGUGACUGCGAAUGCACACAUGUAGCCAGCUUUAUCGCUCCUCCAUUGAUCUUCGCCGUUUCCUUACUUUUCGAGGUCUUUGAGUUGUUUGGAAAGGAGCUUCCUCUGGACGGGGCUGAGGUCGCCGACGACAUCCCUGUAGCUGGACAGCAUGAUGGUGAGCUGCUCGCAGUAGCCCCGAUACUUCUCCUGCUGCAAUGCCAUGUUGAGCACCGUGUGCGGUACAUCAAAGCCACCCAUCUGGUCGAUGUAGCGGGCGUCGCGCGUCAACAGCCACAGAUGAGGGCUGAAAUUCACCUUGUACUUGCCUGCGUGGUUGCAGCGCCAUGUGCAUUUCUGCGUCUGUGAGUGUUCUCACCCUUGUCCUUUGUGAGUAUGUUAGACUUGAGGCAGUUGACGACCGCAUCGCUGGCCUGCUGCUCCCAUGCUUCGAACUGCUGCUUCUCGUACUCCACUAUCUGCUUACCCAGUGCAACAUACUCUCGACACACCGCCUGACACAGAGAGUAGUACACCCCAAUGUCUCCACACAAGACGAAGAAGACUCCUGCUGGCUUGCCUGUCCUUCUGGCGUCUCGAGCAACUGCGGCAUUGUCUUGAACGCCAGCAUAGGCUCCUUGGCGCGCUGUAGUAUCGACCUCGCCCAUGCCAACGCUCCGGCAGUCGGCGGCUUGCCCUUGGUGAUUGGCGGCUGCGAGCUAUCGGCGUGAAACAACUGAUCGAUCUUACGCAACUCGUGACCUGGGCGAAAUAAGUCGACAUUCCCGUUUGUGCCUGUCUGAAAAUGACUGCCCACCGUAUUGCGUGAGUAUGUCGACGAAUUUGUCGCUCAUUUUGGCGUUGAUCUUGGGUCUGCUUUCGAUCUCCUUGAAGUUGCGCAGCAGCUGGAAGGCACCGACAGCCGACCGGAGGUUUCGAAAGCGGGUGUCGAUGAAAGCUAUCGCCUUGUUCUCAAUAACCUCGACCUGAACACGCAGCCAUGCGAUUAAUGCAUGUGGAAUGCGUGUCCGUCUGUCGAUUUCUUACCUUCUCCCUGAAUUGUGCCAUGAGUGUCUCCCAAGUGGAUGCGAAUCGCUCGUCAAACAUGUAGUCACGGACGGUCUCGAAAGAAGUCAGCAGGUCCCUGACGCGCCCCAGCAGCUCGUCGAUGCCCUGCGCGUCUCGCGUCACGGCCUUGAGCUCGGGGCCGAGAAACUUGUAGAACUGGUCGAGGACGUGUGCGAUUUCCCAUAGAUAGUCGCAUAUCUUGGACAUGUACUCAGUGCGCUUGAAUAGCCUCCUCCGGUCGAACUCCCACCUAUGGUCGCUGCCCGAGUCCUCGAUCUUCUUGCGAACGGCCAUGUAGCUCUCCUCCCACUUGUCGAGGCAUUGCUUGGCCUCAGUGAUCAGAGACAUGGACUUCUGCGGGUCCUCGUCGAACAGAGUCUGCAGCUGCAGAUCCUCUUCAACCUUAUCUGCGAUCUAUGACAGACAUGCACGACAUGACAGACAUGCAUUCAACUGUGUUCGUGGCCUUGUUGUCUUGCUUCUGCUUACCUGUUCGGCGAUUCGCACCAUAAGCGGCUCCAUCUGAUCGUCAGUGUUGUAGUGCCUCGAGAUGAUCCACACCAUCCGCACACCGUGCAGCAGCGAGGGCAGUGUCUCCAUCGCCUGAGUGAGGUUCCCCUGGCUCAAGUUCUUGAAAUGACGCUCCAGGGUCGACAAGAACUUGACAUUAUCCUUGGCCUCUACAUGCAGCUUCUGCAGGUCCCCAUAGCACUCUUGGAACCGCUGCAGCACCGGCGGAUCGCUCACCACCCGCAGGUACCUGGUCACCUUUUGGGCCGCCGGCAGGUUGAGCUGCUCGUAGAGCGUGCUGACUGCACUCGUCCGGUCCCGCCAGUAGUCUAUCUCAGCUAGAGGGUAUUUGUUGUCCCGCUGGCGUGCGUUUUCUGCUUUGAGGACGUUUGUGAUGAUGAGAAACCACUCUUCGACGGUGUUUUCAAGGCUGCUGACAAGCUUGUAGUCCCGAGUGGGCUGAGGCGCCUGCAGCUCGUCGUGGGGCAGCUCCGGCAGCCAAAUGUGCACAUUGCCGUACACCUGGCUGAUCGUGUGGCUCACUUGAGCCAGAAACUUCGACAUCUUUGCAAUACACACACAAGCGCACACAACCGACAUGGAUGAUUGUUGGUUUCCUCUUCACUUCUCUUACCGAUCCGCAUAUUUCGUCGUGAACGUGUCCUGGUAAUUCGAUAGCCCGCUGUGCCUUGGCGGACUUGGGUGCUCUUGUGAGGGUCAUCCGCCUCUUAGUGGUCUUCUUCUUCAGCUUUGCACCUGCCGCCGCCAUCGCUGCCUGCUCAGGUGGCUUUGAAGCUUCGGUGGCUGCCUCUGGUGGCGGAUGCUCCUCCUCCUUCGCCGCCUCGGCUGUCUCCUCCUGACCCUCAGCCGCAACAGCCUCUUGUUCCUCACCCUCAGCAGCCUCCACCUACAGGCAGAGAGAUGUGCAUCAAUUAUCGUGUGAGAGCAAGAGGAACUCUCAGUGAUGACGUAAGUACCUCCUCCGCUCCUUCUGCCUCCUCGUGUGCGGCCUCCGGCGCUGUCGCAAUUUCCUCUGCCUCCCCUUCUGGUUUCUCUUGUUCCGCCGCCUCUUCAGCCUCCUCACCCUCAUCCGCCUCGUCCUCAUCUUCUUCCUUCUCCUCGCCAUCGUCGCCAGCAAGCUUCUCUCCCUCUUCCUCCUCUCCCUCGGUCGGCUGCUCGACAGGAGAGGUAGGCUCGGCCGCCCGCGUCACGCUGUCGCCCGAUCCCUCCUUGACGGCGGUGGCCUUUUUCCUCUCGAGGGCUGGCAUGUAGAUCUCUUUCAGCAGCAACUUCAGGUCGACAAGGAAGUGGCCGUGGAGGCAGCCAAGAGCGAUGCAAUUCGACAUCUCCUCGUGCGGAAUCUGCAGUGAAAAGACACGCACGCGUGCACAAAUUGUGGAUCCGUAUGUGCGACAGAGAGAGAGCUCACCUUGCCAGCAGUGUCUAUAGGUCCGUCGACACCUUUGAUGAAGUAGCAUGUGAGGACUGGGCUGGCUUGCGGCGGGAGGAGAUCCACGGCCAUGUAAAGAAGGUCCUUGGUCACCCAUAUCUUCUCCACCUUCUGAACCGUCUCGUACUUCUUACUCUUCCGUCUGCCUGGACCUACCGGAAUGGUGAGCGAGUCGCGGUGCUCGCCUGCUGGUUCAUCCACGGCUGUCUCCAGCCUCUCGUCAGCCGCCUCAGGCGCUGACUCCUCCCCUCCUUCCUGCACAACACACACACACACACACACACGCACACACACAGACACACAGACACACAGACACACAGACACAGAGUGCGCGAAACACUUUGAAUAUGGAAUGAAAGAGCGACCUGUGGGUUCACUGCUGAAGCAUCGGCGUUUUCUGUGGGAGGUGCCGCGUCUGCAGCAUCGGCGACGGGAGGAGGUAUGUCUGCUGCCUCCCCGUUGUCUGUCUCAGCAGCGCUUGAGUCAUCGGCCUCCUCGUCCGCAACCUCCACCUUGUGCUCCACUGACACACACACAAUCAAACAGACAGACAGACAGACAAGUGAGCCGACCAAACAAACAAACAAACAAACAAACAAACAAUCACAGGCAGACAGACACAAAAAGCAGACGGACAAAUGUGAAUUGAUUGUCAUGCACCCGUACAUGAUACAUCUAUGUAUGUGUUCGCACCGAUUAUCUCUUGCUGCUCGGUGGUCUGCAGAGCGUAGAAGAACAGACUCUUGCCCUUGGCCGCCUCGUUGAGGAAUUUCAUCAGCUCUCCCUCCGCCCACCGGUCCUCCUGCAACCAACAAGCCGCAACAAGAUAUAUGCAUGCACUUCAAUUUCCUGGAGCGUGAGACUGCUGCCGGAUCUGUCCGAUCCUCACCCGCGCCAAGAGGUCGUCCCAUUUGUCCGCCUUGACAGAAAGGUAGUCGAGCACUUUGCCCUUCACCCAGUUGCGGCGCAAAUCAUACGCCAUCCCCUCUCCAACAGCAACACAGCACUCGCUAUGUCGUCAGCGACCAACGUCGCUCAAAAACCUGCCA